CCGCGGGUUCGAGUCCCGGCUUGGAGCGUCCCGGCCGGGAGGAGGCUGAUCUGGGUUCCACCGCUGCAGGGAGCCCGAGAGAAGUGGCCAUGGCCGUCCCUUUCUCCAGCAACACCCUGCGCCUGCCCGCCGGCUUCAGGAACCUGCUGGAGGGGCUGGCGCUGGAGGUGCUGCGGGUGCAGCCCGCUGACGUGGUGACCUUCGCUGCUCAGCACUUCCAAAAGCUGCUGGAGCAGAGACAGGGCAGCCCAGCUGACCCAGCACAGUGGGAAGCCUGGCUGGAGGACGAGCUUCUCUCCCAGCCUUCCAUCCAGAAACUAGAGGAGGAAGAUGAGGAGGAUGAGGAAGAUGAGGAGGAUGAGGAGGAGGCUGGCAGCAUUGAGGCCAUGCCCAUGGGGGAAGAUAACCAUAUGUGACACUCACACUGCAGUGGCUCCCCAGGAAAAAAAACAGGAAGGAGAGAUAGAGAGAGGGGAAAAAAAACCCCCAUCCCUUUCAAGAGCUGUUUGAGGGCUGAUGCCAACCGGCUCCACCGUGACCCCCCUCCCGGCACCGCCUCGCCGGCUGCCAGCUCUGCCUUCAGGCUGCCUGCCCAAGGCACCUUUCCAACAGCAAAUUCCCCUUGAUUUAGGGGUUGGUUUUAUUGGAGGAGGGGAGGGAUUUGGUUUAUUUAACACCUCAAUGCCACCAUCUCAAGCCACGAAGCUGAGUUGUUGCCCAGAUCCUUGUUUUAUCUCCCUCUCGCCGACACCGAAGCUCCAAACCAAACAGCAUCACCCCAAAGACCCCAGGCUUGGGUUUUCAGCAUUGAAAGAGAUUGGAGGAGGGUGUUCUAAAGAAGAUUCAGAAACCAAAAAGGAACCAAACCCCAUCCUGGAAUAGGCCCAAAAGCCGCUGUUAAUGAUUAGAAAUGUUCUGGCAUUUGGUGUCCCUCCUCCGCAGCCGCAGCCUGCGGGAGACGUCGGUGCUCGGCGGCUCUGCCAGGGCCAGAGGGGAUUUUAGAGGGGGGAUAACAAAAAGAGGGGUGUCAUCCACUCUUGGUCAAACUGCUGCCCAAGCCCUCUCCCCCUCCCCUUUUAUUUUUCCUUGGGUUUCAGAGGGUUUUGUGGUAGGGGGUUGAGCCUGGUGUUGAUUUUGCCAUCUCGAGUCAUCUUUUUCUGCUUGGACACCCCUCCUCAAAACCACCUCAUCUCCUCUCACUGGAGCAAGUAAACCUAAAAGAAGGCCUAAAAAAAACCCAAAAAAGGGGUUGUUUGUCCUGUUUUAAAUCCCAGGGGACUGGCUGAGGGGUGGCAAACAGCUCUGAUGGGGAGAA